AUUUUAAAUGCAAUAUCUUCAAGAAAAAUGGAGGAAAAUUGUGUAAUUAUUGAAUUGAACCAAGAAAAAGAGGAAAAGUUGAGUGAUGAAUUAUGUUCCACACAAACGGAAGAUACUAUCAAAAUGGAAAGAAGCGAGAAAGAAUGUUCUGAUUAUGAGAAUAUAGAAACAAUCCAAGGAUAUAAUCUUUUUAAACAAGAAAUUGUUCAAGUCUCCGAUGCUGUCAACCUUCAGACUGUUUUUGUAAAAGAGGAUGACGUCAAGAUUGAAAUCAAAGGACAAGUUCUGGAAAAUUAUAUUUCAAUCCCCAAGACUGAAUAUUCCUGUUUUGAAUGCAAGUAUUUCACUUGUAAACGAACAAACUUUAUGAAACACAUUGUGAGUAAACAGGAUGGACAAGUUAAGUAUCCCUGUGACAAGUGCAGGUACAUCCCUGGAUCAAUUACAAAUUUAAAGUUGCACAUUAAAAGAAUUCAUAAAAAACUCGGCCAAACCUGCGAAAAAUGCGGAUGUAUUGCAUCCACACAGAAGGAACUAAAGAAGCAUGUUCAGGAGUGCAGGGUUGUUGUCAAAUUUCCAUGUGAAAUGUGUGAUUUUUCUGCAACAACUUUAAAAAGGUUUGAAUAUCAUGUGCAAAGAAAACACACUGAAAAAGGGUUUCCAUGUUCCGAAUGCAAAUAUGCUGCAAGCACUGAAAAGAUUCUGAAAAAGCACUUCGAGACAAAACACCUCGUCAAGUAUCCAUGUGAUCAGUGUGAUUAUGUGGCAACUACGCUAGUGUUUCUGACAGGACAUAAAGAACGGAGACACGAAGGGUUAAGGUAUUUGUGCGAUAAAUGUGAAUAUUUUACUAACACUGCAAGAAAUCUAAAGAUUCACAAAGAUGGAAAACAUGAAGGUUUGGGUUUUCUGUGUGAUAAAUGUGAUUACUAUUCCAUCACAGCAUCAACUCUAAAGCUCCACAUGGAAAGUGUGCAUGAAGGGGUGAGAUACCCCUGUGAUCAUUGUGAAUAUAAAUCAACCUCUAUGGGAAGUUUGAGGGUUCAUAUAGCAAGCAUUCAUGAAGGAGUAAAAUAUCCCUGUGAUAAAUGUGAAUUUUCUGCAACAUCAAAACGGAUAUUAAAGGGGCAUAAGCAGAAUAAACAUGAUGGAAUUAGACAUCCCUGUAACUCUUGUGACUACAUUGGAACCACUGCAAAUCUUUUAAAGCAUCACAUCAGGAAAAGGCAUGAGGGAUUUAGUAUUCCAUGUGAUCAAUGCGAGUUAUCGGUAUCCUCUCUUCAUAGUUUAAAGAGACACAAAAUGGCUAAACAUGAAGGAAUAAAGUAUCCCUGCAGUGAAUGUGGAUUUUUUGCAUCAUCAAGCUGCAUCUUGAAAACACAUAAGUUGAAUAUACAUGACGGGGUUAGACAUCCUUGUGAUAAAUGUGAAUUUAUUGCUACUACAGCCAGAAUUUUAAGGCAACAUCUGAAAAGAAAGCAUUAAAAUGAUUAAUAAAUGUUAUUUUUUCAGAUUAAACACUUUUUUUAAUCUGUUAUUGAUCUAAAACAGUUGCCAAAUUAACACAAAUGUAUCCCUAUCCAAUCUAUCCUAUCCUAUCCUAUCUUAUCCUAUCCUAUCCUAUCCUAUCCUAUCCUAUUCUAUCAUCCUAUCCUAUCCUAUCCUAGCCUAUCCCAUCCCAAUCUGUCAUGCAUUCACCUGCUGAUCAACUGACAGUUCAUUGCUUCUUCAAAUCUUGUAUUUGUUUUCUAUCUAGUCCAUAUUCCCAUCCCACCCAUGUUAUCAUCCCUUUGAGAUCUCUCAAGAUAAUGUGAAACUACGAUCUAAAUCCUUAUUUAAUAUGAUAAAUGUGAACAUGUGUCACACAACGCCAGCCAUUUGAAAUAUCAUAUUAAAAGCAAAUAUGGAGGUAAAUGUUUCCAUGUACCCAGUCCAGUGUCAUUUUGUUACGGUAAUCGAAUCUUAUCUAAAGAGCACAUGAUAAAUCAACAUGAAGGGGUGAAAUUUCCAUGUAGUGAAUGUCCAUUUGUUUCGUCUUGGAAACAGUAUCUCAAAAAGCACAAACAAGAAAACAUGAACACAUCAGAUAUUUUUAUAUUGUUAUGUUUCCAAGGACUAUAUCUAAGGAUAUUAUCAGAGAAUACAUAAUAUUUUAUGUUUCCAAGGACCCUAUCUAAGGAUAUCAUAGGAUAAUACAGAUUAUUUUAUGUUUCCAAGAACCCUAUCUAUGGAUAUUAUAGGAGAAUACAGAUUAUUUUAUGUUUCCAAGGACCCUAUCUAUGGAUAUUAUAGGAGAAUACAGAUUAUUUUAUGUUUCCAAGAACCCUAUCUAAGGAUAUUAUAAGAGAAUACAGAUUAUUUUAUGUUUCCAAUGACCCUAUCUAAGGAUAUUAUAAGAGAAUACAGAUUAUUUUAUGUUUCCAAGGACCCUGUCUAAGGAUAUUAUAAGAGAAUACAGAUUAUUUUAUGUUUCCAAAGACCCUAACUAUUGAUAUUUUAAGAAAAUACAAAUUAUUUUAUGUUUCCAAGGACCCUAUUUAAGGAUAAUAUAAGAGAAUACAGAUUAUUUUCUGUUUCCAAGGACCCUU